GCACACACCCACGGAGGAUGCACACUUGGAGGAGAGACAAGGCAGCGGGAAGACCUCCAGCGAUGGCCGGGAUGCUCGCACCUGUCGGCUGGGCUCCGCGUCGCUGAUUCCGGCCAGGUGGCACCCAAACGGAUCACCAUUUUUUUGGCUUUAUCAUCAAGGAAUAUCUUAUUUUUUAUCCAAAACAACUGCCAGCUUUCAUUGUGUGGACUAUAUCGGUAUAUUUACAUAUAUUUUUUCUUUUUUUAAAUGAUUAUUUGACUUUUAACUUGCACAAUGGAUGAAGAUGUGACCAUUCACGAUGUCCAUGAACUCUUUGGACUAUUUUCGUUCAAAUAAGAAAAAAAGGAGCACACGCUGGACUUUUUUAACAUUUAAGCUGCUGCAAGGUGAAGCUUUUGUGUGCACACACACACAAAACACAUCAAAAAGAUGAUCAUGUUUCGUAAAUUCAGACUCUUACUCCUCAUGGUGUUUUUGGUGGCAUGCACCGUGCACAUUAUGAUAGACUUGUUGCCCAAACUGGAGAAGAGAGCAUCGGGAACGGACGGCGCGGAUAGCGGCUGCCAGUGCGCCCACCACGCCGGCGCGGAGUCGCAAGGCUGGGCUAAGCAGCGCGCCAGGUCGGGGGCCGAAGCCGGUUCUUGGCCCAACAAACACACGCUGAGAAUCCUGCAGGAUUUCAGCAGCGAGCCCAACUCGAACCACACGUCACCGGAAAAGAGCACCGCCGUCGGGGACAAAGUGGAGGCUCCCCGGAGGUUGGGAGUGUCAGGCGGGAAGGCUGAGGACCACAAGCCGCUGAUUGGAGAGGCGAACGGGGGUCGGGCGGUGAAUGGAGCCGUUGCAUCGCGACUGUCGGCUCUCUUUCAGCAUCCUUUGUACAAGAUUGGACUUCCGGGUCUUACGGACGGGGACACUUUAUUUAAUGUCAACACUGACAUCAGAUUUUAUCCCAGAGCAACUGGCAACCAAGAAUGGCCCAAUGAAGGUGGCAACGACCAGGAGGAGGACGACGAGGAGGAGAACUCACCGGUAGCCGAAGCGACCGCGGAGUCGUACCCAAACUGGCUGCGAUUCCACAUCGGGAUCAACCGCUACGAGCUGUACGCCAGACACAAUCCAGUGCUGGAUGCCUUGCUCAAGGACUUGGUGAACCAGAAGAUCACCAGCGUGGCUAUGAAAUCAGGAGGCACCCAACUAAAGCUGAUCAUGACAUUCCAGAACUACGGACAGGCUCUGUUCAAACCUAUGAAGCAGACCCGUGAGCAGGAAACACCUCCGGACUUCUUCUACUUCUCUGACUUUGAAAGGCACAACGCGGAGAUUGCCGCUUUUCACUUGGACAGGAUCCUUGACUUCCGAAGAGUUCCCCCAGUGGCAGGGCGGCUGCUCAACAUGACUCGGGAGAUACGAGACGUGACACGCGACAAAAAGCUCUGGAGGACAUUCUUCAUCUCGCCAGCCAACAACGUCUGCUUCUACGGCGAAUGUUCCUACUACUGCUCCACUGAGCACGCUCUGUGCGGUAAACCCGACCAGAUCGAAGGCUCCCUCGCUGCCUUUCUGCCCGACCUCAACUUGGCCAAACGGAAGACGUGGAGAAACCCAUGGAGACGCUCCUACCACAAACGCAAGAAGGCAGAGUGGGAGGUUGAUCCAGAUUACUGUGACGAGGUGAAGCAGACACCUCCAUAUGACCGUGGCACUCGACUGCUAGAUGUCAUGGACAUGACCAUAUUUGACUUCCUCAUGGGUAACAUGGAUCGCCAUCAUUACGAGACGUUUGAGAAGUUUGGAAAUGACACCUUCAUUAUUCACCUUGACAACGGAAGAGGGUUUGGAAAACACUCACAUGAUGAGAUGUCCAUCCUGGUGCCUCUCAGUCAGUGUUGCAGGGUGAGGAAGUCUACCUAUCUCCGUCUCCAGCUGCUGUCGAAAGAAGAGUACCAGCUGAGCUCUCUGAUGGAGGAGUCUCUCCUCCAGGACCGCCUGUCCCCGAUCCUCAUCCAGCCUCACCUUCAGGCCAUGGAUCGCCGACUGGGCCUGGUGCUGCAGGUUCUGGCCGACUGCAUGGCGAAAGAAGGCUACACCAGCGUGGUGGAGGAAGACCUGGAAGGCGAAUCCAGUACCCACAGGGGCUCCGAUCACAGGUAGUGAGCGAGGGGCAAAGUCAACAGGAACAAAGUGAUGUGUGGGGGACAGCUGGGAUGAAUCCCAAUUUUCAUAUCACGCUGAAUUCAGUGAAUUCCGAGACUGUAAACACCCAUGCCUCUGUGGAAGUGUGUUUAUAUAAGACACAGAUCUACGCAUUUACAGCCAGACUUUGACAUUUUGUGUUGCAGAAGAGAUAAAAGAGACGUCAUAAAUGUUUGAUUAUAUCAGUACAUAGCAAAUGCACAGCGGGGCGGCUCAGAAAAUAAGCUUUUAUCAGUACACGCGCAUUUAUGGGAAAUGUUGUGUGAUGUUCUUAAAUGUACUAAAUUAAUUCAUGUUGGGAAAAACUUCAAUGUUUUAUCCCAACUUUAGGAACUAGUGUCUAUUCCCACUUUACACCAAAUACCGUAAAUGCUCUCAUUAUAGCCGGGGACUUCCAUUUUCUGGUAUUUCUGGAAUUCAUUUUUCGACUUAAUAAUGAUUUGGAGUGCAUGAGAAAGUGGCAUUGAAACCAAUGUUGUAAGACGUUAGCGGCAAACUGCUCAGCCAGCAUUAAAACCGCUGAUGAGUUCAUUGUAAAAAAAAAAAAAAAACUGCAACACGCAUGCUUUCACACCAACAGCCAACAUUUUAUAGCGUAUGCAGAGGUACAUAAAGCUGCUUGUAUGUACUUCAAAUACAUACUGUCAUCCUGUUGAGUUCGUGAACACCUUUUAAUGCUAAUUAGAGACCCCAGUUGUUGUUUUGCAACUAUAGAGCAGCAUUGGAGGUUUAUUAAAUAGAGGCAUUAAUUGGAGCAUUUACGGUAUAAAUAAUAUGGUACCACUUACAGUAUACUUACAGUUGUACUGCUGAAACAUUACUUGACGUUGCCUUAUUAGUACAUACAGUCUAUGUCCCCUACUAUUCAAAUGUUAUUUCACUUUAAAUGAACCAAAAAUACUCCCAACGGGAAAGCAGUCAUACAGUAUGAGCUUUAUUAUUUGCACUUGAAAUCCAUUCCAUACAAAAAAAAUGAGUAUUUAUUAGUCAGUCACUAAGAUGGAUGCUGUUUUUAUUUUAUUUUGUGUUGUUUUUACAUCUAAAUUUCAAAGUGUUGCAUUUUAAGAGUCACGGCUGACGUGUGCAAUGCCAGUGAUGAGUACUUGAAUGCUAAGGAGGGAUGCUAGUCAAAGAAAUACAAUUAAAGGGACAUACCGUAACACAUGGUAGGUCCCGCUAACGGGGGCUGAUGUUUUAUUAGAUUUUUAUUGUAGUGUAAAUACAGAGAAGUACUUUGUUGACCUAACAAGCAGCACGCCACAGUGAUUUGCUUGUUUUCCCGCUAUUGCAUUGUUACUGUGAAGAUCUGUUUACUGAAGUGUGCAAUCCAAAUAAAAAGAGAGGGGAAACCACCCUGUUGCCUAGAGGGUGUGUUUGUUUCUUCUUGUUUUUGAGGGACAAACAGGUAAGUGAGUGUAUGACGACCGCACUGAGACAUUUGACAUCAACCUCAAGCACAGCAAAUUUGAUGCACAAUGAUGUUGGGUCACCCGAGUUAGCGGCAUAGAAAGUGGAUGGAUGGAUGUUUGGUCACCUUUUUUAGCGACAUUAUUGUUUUUAGACUGGAUCCUAUUAGAUUGUGUCAAGUCUACCUAGUUUUUACGUAGCACAAAAAGCUUAUUCUACAUCAGGGGUGAACAAACUAUGGCUCGGGGGCCACAUCUAGCCUGCCAAGUGUUUGAAUACGGCCCGCCUGUUCUUUCCAAAGUAUUUACUUUAAACUCAACAUACAACCUGCCAUCAUGGCUUGAGCCAACCUUUUGAUGGUAGCUGUUUUAUCACUUUCGUUAUUUGAUGUGGUCUGCUGUUUACAAAGGGACACACACACACACUUUUACAGAUAUAGUACUUCCGGGUGGACUGUUAUU